CUCUCUUGCAAAGCUGCUCUGCGCCUUUCUUUACGGAGGACGAUUAAGCUGAUCAUAGCGCUUUUGGGGAUUUCCCGGGCCGGGGACCUCUUUAACGGUUUGCUGGAUGCAUAUGGGGCAGCCUCGCGUAGCUUGCAGGCUAUGGACUUCUGCGCGGAGCUUUCACCCCAGCCGCCGUCGCUCGGCCGGCCCAUUGCCUUUCCCUGGAGGGCCUGCUCGGCUGCCGGAAGGCCCCUUCGAGUAGUUGCACCAGCUGUCUGGAGAAAGUGUGAAGCCCAGGCAACGCCAAUUUCCCCUCGGCUCCAUUUCAGUACUAGUUCUUCAAAGUUUGUUCCUGCUGUUACCCAGCAUGCUCCCUAUUUUAAAGGCACAGCUGUGGUUAAUGGAGAGUUCAAAGAACUGAGUUUAGAUGACUUUAAAGGGAAGUAUUUGGUCCUGUUCUUCUACCCGUUGGAUUUCACCUUCGUUUGUCCAACAGAGAUUAUCGCUUUCAGCGACAAAGCUAAUGAAUUCCAUGAUGUGAAUUGUGAGGUUGUUGCUGUAUCAGUGGAUUCUCACUUUAGUCAUCUUGCCUGGAUAAAUACACCACGAAAGAAUGGUGGAUUGGGCCAUAUGAAUAUUUCUCUUUUAUCAGAUUUAACAAAGCAAAUUUCUCGAGAUUAUGGUGUACUCUUGGAAGCAUCUGGUAUUGCAUUGAGGGGCCUUUUCAUCAUUGAUCCCAGUGGAAUUAUCAAGCAUUUAAGCAUCAAUGACCUCCCAGUUGGUCGCAGUGUCGAAGAAACGCUUCGGUUGGUGAAGGCGUUCCAGUAUGUAGAAACACAUGGAGAAGUCUGCCCAGCCAACUGGACUCCAGAUUCCCCGACGAUCAAGCCUAGCCCAGAAGCGUCAAAAGCGUAUUUUGAAAAAGUACAUCAAUAAGUCAAGAGAGGGGAAGAGUUAGUAGAAUAUUGUGGGCUCAAACCAGAAACUGAUUUUUAAGAGAGCAGCCAGGAUUAUAAUGCAAAUGAAAACCUAUCUUAUUACUUGUAGUGGAGAAAAGUCUGUAUUUUAAAGGAUUUUCCUCUCUCCCAUGUACAUUUAAGUGACAGUACUAAGUCCUUGUCAUUUCUAACAUGUAACAGUACUAAGAGAAGAAGCUCCUUUUUAAUAAUUGUCUGGUGAACAGUGAUGCUUAUGUAUCAUACUGUCUGGAACACAUUAACACAUUGGAAUUAUGCAUCAAGAAGUGUGCAGAAAUUUCUCUUUCUUGGUUAUCUUUAUUAUCUGUCAUAGGCACUCUAAAAAGAGGAACCAAGUUAAGCUUUAACAAAUAAACUCUUGUGUCUAUCAUCUUCCCAUUCUGCUGAAGGAUUACUAGUCAAUUCACACAUGCCCUCAACUUGUACGCCCCCACGUUCCACUGUAUGAAAUAUGUUACAUGAUGCCUGGCCCAUGUUUGUCUGUACAAGGCUACAUCUACCCAUGUAGAUCCAAGCCUUUCUUUUUUUUCUUUUUCCCUAUGUGGGUGAGGCGUACUUGUGUUCAGAUGUAUGUUUAUAGAUCCAAACUAUCAAUAAAUACUCUACAAAUGAUGUAUGUGCGUGCGUGCGUGUAUUAGAGUCCAAGACACUUCUGCAACUUCCUUUAUGCAAAACCAACCACCUGUGCUGCUCUGUGAAUUAGAGUAACAAUGAAGUCUUGUGAAAUCUACAGUCAGCCAUCGUAUGUAAGGUAUUGAUUGUACUGGAAUGCUUGUGUGGGGAAAAUGGAUUAAUACCUUUUAAAAAUAUAUAUAAUGAUGUGAACUAAAAUUUUAGUUGUUAGUACUACUCAACAGUGAGUUUUGUUACAAUUGAUGUUGACUUUCGAUGCUUUGGACUCUCAACUGUGGUACCAUGGGGUAUUUGUAAUUAUGUAGAAGAUUCAUUGAUGAAUAUGUGCAUUUAAAAGAGCUUAUUUUCAAAAUUAUUUUGAACAACUCUCUUAAGCUAUGCAACUAUGAAUAAAUGAGGCUUAAAAAA